GGCGAUCAAACACAAACUCUUUGGAAGCUGAAGUACAAGCCUUGAGUGAUCUAAACUUACAGGAUGGCUCAUAAGAUAUUGGUACACUACCCACCCUAUUCCUGUAAAAAGACCGCGUAUUUGAUUUUCAAAUAAAAGAGUGCCGUGACAACCACUUUGUGUUCUCUCUUGGUGUUAGGCGUUGAACUAACCUUGUAUGUUGUGAUUUUAGAUCCUCUCUGCCCUUCAGUGACUGCUGAUUACACGUGUUACAAUUGGUGAUGGAGGUGUCUACAGGAAAAUUCAACGCAAACUCAGAUGAACCCCCGGUGCUGCCAACCAGAGCAACAACCAGCAGUAGCCCGCGUCAACCACCACUUUUGGAAAACUCGUCAGAUUAUGCUGCUUGGAAGUCUAGGGUGGAAGCAUAUCUGCAGCAAGUGCCGGUGUCAGAACAUAUUAAUUACCUUAUGUCGUUCCUGAGCGAUGACGCGGUAAAGAAAGUGGCAGCAUAUGGUUUCUCAACAACCAAUUCGUUACACCAAAACUGGAAGAUAUUGGACGAAUGUUUUUCCCUAUCUGUCGAUAAACAGCAGGUGAUUAUGCAGUUUUUGUCUCGUCACCAGAAACCCGGAGAAAGCCCGAUAGAAUACCUCGACGCUUUACAACUAAUUGCAGUGCAGGCUUUUCCUGAUUUGGAUGCCUCGGGACGGGACGAACUGGUACGCUCCCGUUGUGUUGAAGGGUUGGCGCAUGGACCAUUAAGAGAACACCUACUUCAAAUACCACCGGCCAAUACCGCCGAAUUUACGAGAACGGCACUCCGAUUUAUUACGGCGGACAGAAUGUCGAACCCAUCAGAAGCCCAUCAACAUUCUGUGAUGACGGUGGAAACCUCUCAAUUGAAUCGUUCCAAGAGGGCAGCAUCUGUUGCACACUUUCCCAUCCGACGUAUUAAUAGUGGGGGGUCAAAGUGGACGUGGAACAGACGACCAGCAUAUAACAGCUACCACGGACAUCAGACUAAAUUUGUCUAUUGCAGGAGGUUUGGAAGAAACGCUUGGAGAUGCGGACACAAUCGAUUCCGUAAUCCAAGGCGAUCAAACACAAACUCUUUGGAAGCUGAAGUACAAACCUUGAGUGCUCUAAACCUACACGAUGACUCAUAAGAUAUUGGUACACUACCCACCCUAUUCCUGUAAAAAGCCCGCGUAUUUGAUUUUCAAAUAAAAGAGUGCCGUGACAACCACUUUGUGUUCUCUCUUGGUGUUAGGCGUUGAACUAACCUUGUAUGUUGUGAUUUUAGAUCCUCUCUGCCCUUCAGUGACUGCUGAUUACACGUGCUACA